GGGAGGAUCGCGGCCUGCGCCGCGGAUCGCGAAUCUUCGCGGCUCCCUCCCUCCCGCCUCUCGUUCUCACGGGCCUCAGGCUCCAGCUUCGAGCCCGGCUCCUGUUUCUGUUGGGUUCCUCUCGCGCUGAUCUGCCGCAGGAGAUACGGAGCGGAGCUGGGGGGGCACCUUGAGAAGCUUGCUGUCGCAUCACACUGCGGUGUGAAGGGUGACUUGACUCUUAAGUCAUGGAUGAAGAUGAACAAGUGGAGUUUUCAAGCGUGGAGGAGGAGUUGUGCUAUUGGAAGCAAAAUGCAUUAAAAUACAAAGCAAGUUGGAUCGCUGCACAGGAGGAGCUUGAGGAGUUCACCAUUGGUAGCCGUGAGCUGGAGGCAGAGCUGGAGGCACAGCUGGAGCAGGCCGAGGGCCGCACUCGCGAGCUACACGCCACCAACCAGCGCUUGAUUAAUGACCUGGAAAUUAUCAAGGAAAAGCUGGAGCAGCAGCAUGGCCAAAGCUAUCAACAAAUAUCUUCCCUGGAGGAGCAGUUGGCACAAAUCACUGCUAUCAAGGAUCAGCUGCACAAAUAUGUGCGCGAGCUGGAGCAGGCGAAUGAUGACCUGGAGAGGGCCAAGCGUGCAACGUUCGUUUCCAUGGACGACUUUGAGCAGCGAAUGAACGAGGUGAUUGAGCGCAACGCCUUUCUGGAGAGCGAGGUGGACGAGAAAGAGAACCUGCUCGAGUCUGUACAGCGGCUUAAGGACGAGGCUCGCGACUUGCGCCAGGAGCUGGCGGUGCAGCAGAAGCAGGUGCGACGCUCGGCACCGAAUUCGCCAUCAGCAGAGGUGGCUCCAUCACCGGCUCCAUCACCGGCUCCAUUGCCUGCUCCAGCUCCAGUAUCCGUGCCAUCACCUUCCACCCCCCGUGUCCCUGGAGACAUCGCCUUCGAGAUGCCUGUCACUCCACGAUCAAAAGGAAUGCCCAAUGGUUAUGGAAGUUCGCCACUGACCCCAUCGGCCAGAAUCUCUGCUCUCAACAUUGUUGGUGAUCUGCUCAGGAAAGUCAGUGCACUGGAGUGUAAACUUGCCUCUUGCAAGAAUGUCAUGCGGGACCAGCAGUUGCUGGGAAAAGUGAGCGGGAGUCUCUCGGGUACGUCUCGGACCCCCCACAGCCCAAGCCCUCCAUCUCCCGGACACGACAUGGGGCCUAGCAAAAGGUUGGAGAGAGCUUCCUAUUUGCCCUUUGCGGGCCCAACCCCACCCACGCCUGCCUCCCCACCAGGUGGCAUGCAGAUCACCGUUUGACCUACAAUGCCACCUCUGCAACCUGCCACCACAGUACCAUAGCAACUCUGGAGCAACCACAGGCACCCAGCACACCCUACCUCAGCAUAGGCUGUAUAUCCCAACACAAACUACCAUCCGCACCUCUAAAUUUAUUCGGUGUCCUCUGCAAGUACUGGUCCCCCUAUAGUUGUGUUCUUUAGUUGUGAAGUCCAUUCGAGAAUCUGCACAGAGCAGAUGGAUUUGUAAUGUUCACUUAUGCCACAAACCUUUAAAGUGUGCGCCUCGUGCUGCCAGCUAUUUACUGCGUAUUUAUUGUCUCAUGUAGGGAUUUGCUCAGCAUGCGCGUACAUAUAGGCGGAUCCGUCUGUACGCUCGAUACAAGAGUAGAUUACAUUGUUGGAGUGAGUUCAAGGCCAUGAUCCACUUGAGAAUUUUUGUAAAGGCAAUCGUUGCUUGCAAUGCAUUUACCAUGAGAGACUGGAAAUUUGGUGGGAAAUGGAAUGGGGUGAUUGAGUUCUGUCUUGCCUUUAAUCUCUUGAAAUGACUCGGGCCCAUCAUGCCUCUCAUAACACAUCUUUUCACCACCAACUCCACAUCAGACUGCCACACCCCAUCUCUCCACACAAACACACUAUCUCUCCACAUCAUCACAACACUACAUCAUCACAUCAUAUCCACAGCUCACUCGUGCAGGGACUUAAAGGCACCAUUUUUUAAAAUGCAGAUUGUGUGUCAGUCUUGUGAGCUUUCUGUGAUCUAAUUGGAAGUUGCUGUCCCAGUUGCCCACGAGGGGGAGUUGAGAUCAGUAUCAGAUUUUGGGCAACAAUAUUUUAACAAUGGGUAACGCUGCGGCAACCAUUGCCGGUGCUGAUUUCCGGCAAUGAUGAUCAUGGCCUUGAGAAAGUGAUUUUGGAUUCUGUGCAUCUUAACAUGCCGGAGGUGCCUACGCUUGCUGCUUUGGCCUUUGAGCCACAUAAAGCAACGUGCGGUUUUAUUUUCAAAAUGUGUUGUACAGCAGACAGAACUUUUACAAUAUUCCCCAGUGCUGCCAGAAAGCUUUGAGAUUACUCUGCCCAAUUCAAUUCUCUGUUUCAAUGGUGGACAACAGAGCAGGUGCAUAGCAAGGGUCCCAAUGGCACUACGUCUGUAGCUUGCACAGCAGGUAUGUGCUUUUGCAACUGCACUUGCUCGUAGUGCCAUGUGAGUGUUAAUGCAGAGCGGUGGUACUAUGAGUUGCUGUACCCCCCCCCCCCCAUCACCAAAGCAAUGCUAGAGGUAGCUGCAGCCCUUAAUCACCAUCACAGCGUGAGAAGUAGCAACCUAUGGCGAUGCAAGGGCUGGAGCAGCAACUCCGCGCAGUUGUGGCAGAGGUUAAGGUUUGACUUGAAGGGUGUGUGUGCUGCUCUAUCUUCUUGCUUUUGUUGUAAUUCUCUAACUUUUGUCAGCACAUUUCAUUGUAUAUACGAUUGUUCUUGUAAAGUGGUGGACUAAGUGAACACGACUAUUGCACAUAGGUUUUGAUCGCUUGAGGAAAUGCCUUCCACUCAAGUGACUGAAAACCGUGUGCUUUAUCUUUUGUUAUAAAAUGUAUUGGAAUAAAGUUGGACUUCAAAAACAUAA